UACAUGGCUCUCUCUCCAUCUAUAUCUCUAACAGCCUUUUUCGUUCUUCAACAGACUCUUCUAAUUCCUCCUUUUUGCUCCUUGUCAAGUUCUACACAUCUUCUCUAAUUUAAUUUCUCAGCUUUUUCAGCUCUCCGGUUGAGAAUUCAUUCAUUCAACCAUGAGCCCUGUAAAUUCCCAUGAACGUCCUCCCAGGAGAGAUCUAAUGAUUAAUGGUCUCCGUCCUUCUCCAUUGACGAUCAGCAAAGACUCUCAUUUCAUUCAAAAACCAUCUGCUGGGGUGAUGUCUCAGACUGCUGCUGCUCGUCCCAAGCAACAGCAGCGACAGGGUCCGGUCAUCAUUUACACGUAUUCGCCUAAGAUUAUCCACACGCAGGCUCGGGACUUCAUGGCCUUGGUUCAAAAGCUUACAGGGUUUUCAAGGUCUGAUGAGGUUAAUGAAACUGCACCAUCACGUCCACGAAAGAACAAAGCCAAGGAUAACUCCCUUUCACCCUUGGAAGGUGAUAUUAAUACGAAGCUUGCUGCCAACAGACAGGAAGAUAACGACUCAUCUUCAGCACUUACUGAUGAAAAUGGAUGUUUUAGUGUUGCUGGUGGAGAUGUCAAUAAUGUCAGCUCGUCUUAUGUUCCUAUGACUGUCAGUCCUACAAAUCCCUUUUUUGCUGAUAUACCUCUCUUCACCCCCAAUUCGGCGGCUUUCUUUUGCUCACCGAGGCCUGUUUAUAAGUUUGCUGAUAAUGCAAUUGUGUCUCCAAGCUUGGGCAAUUCGAACUCACCAACUCUGCUAGAAUUCAUGAAAGGGCUCCCAGAUUACUGAAAGCUGUGAACAAAUCGAGCCACAGGUCUUCGGCUCAAACCAGGUCAAUCAGCUGCUGUCUGCACCCGUCCACCCAAGGUUCCUACACCAUCAUCAAAAUAGAAGAGUCCUAUGUGUUACGAAUAUUGACUCAAAUCUCAUAAGAGAUUUGUUUGGGAUUUGUUUGAAA